AGGUGCAUAGAACGAAUCAAAUGUCGUCAAAAUAGAAAGAUUGCGUGCAGGGACGAGGUCGACUAGAGUGCUGGCUAAUUCGUAUUCGCGGGGUGCAGUAGAAAAGGAGUGGAAUUGGAAGAUCAAGAUGAACUGCCGUCGAGCCAAGAGCGUGGCGAUGAGACGCUAUGAAGGUUGCCGCUUAGAUGCAAAGGAGCGUGAGUACAGCGCGAAGGAGAACAACACAACACAAGGCGUCGUGGAUGUGGAAGGUGCGAAGAGAUGCAAAACAGCACGAAGCCCCGUCAAGCAGAGGACGGCGGUGGAAUACGAUGCGUUGAUUAGGCUAGUCAAAUCUACCAAGACGGAGAGACGGUCGUCCCCCGUGACUUUUGCUACAAAUAAUAACCUUGCGGCGCCGCUCUAUUUUGUACGGGACCCUGGAAAACGGUCCUCUCUUUUGCCGUGCGCUUGGGAGACCUUCAUGGUUCAUCCCUCUGCCCGUUUGUGCAAUGUCUGUUUUGGUUGCGUUGCCCGCAUAGCAACAAUCUCAAUUCAACCAUCUUCCACUAUCCCCCGGUCUCUCUUCUACGUCAAUUGGCAGGCUGAGCAAACCGUCUUCGCUUGCACUGGCCAUGCUUUGUAGUUGCCAUCACUCGUGUGCUUUCCACGUCUUCGAAGAGUGGCUUGGUUGGCUUGAGCCUCGGCUUCAACCCCACUUUUGUUUUGCUUUGACAAGACUCUCGUGCGCAGUCGCAACAACACCUCUCCUGAUUCGGCCUGUUCGAUGUAGGUGAUUAGGCACUUUACCACGCAAACAAGCAGAUGUUCGAGAAUAGAUUGACCAUGUCUUCAAUCGUCAUUUCACAGCAUGUACUACCGUUGU